AAUGAAGAUGUGUAUGAUGAUGAAAUAAUUAAUGAUGAAAAUAGCGACGAAGAACAUUUCCAAGUUCAAUCGACAGAAGAUAAAAACAAUUUUAUACUUGUUAAUACACGCAUUGAUUAUCAAUAUCGUUCAGACAACCUCAACAACACAUGUUUAUACGAUUUUGUCGGUACAUUUUAUAGGAAAAAAAUCAAUGAAACAGAUUUGAAAUACUUAUCAAACGCUUCUACGACAGAAAAACGACAAGAUAACCAAAAAGGUCGACCAUCUAAUGAACGUUUUUCUUUUCAAGAAGAGCAUCCUCAAGCAGCAACACAUAUACUGAUGAAAUACAGUCAACUUCAUGUACCGGUUCUUUAUGGUCCUCAAAUUCCUCGACAAGAUCGUGAUGACACUCGUGAACGAUACAAUCGAGCACUUCUCACACUUUUUGUACCAUGGCGCAAUGCAAUUGAUCUUUGUGACGACCGUGAUGAACAUUUACUUCAAGUUAUUGCUGAAGCACAGGUCGAUAAUGAUUCGAUUGAUCCUGCAUUUUUACCAUCAAAUCAAGGUGCUGAUGGUGAAUACGAAGUAGAUGAUAUCGACGAUUUAAUUCAAUUAAUAGGAAAUGUAGACGAAUUUACAGCUGCUGCAAUUAAUGCCACGAAAAAAUCAACAGAAAAUGUGUAUAUUCGAGAGACUGUUGAAGCCGUGGAAAAGGUUGGACGGUUUAAUCAUAUGAAUCAACAUGACCAACAUGUUUCAAAUACAGUCAUCGAUCGACAAAUUGUACCAUUCGUUUCUGCAACGCCUAAUCUUAUUAAACUUAAUUCAAAAUGGCAAGACCAACUGAAGAUUGAAAAAGAACGAGUUAGACGCAGCUUAAUUUCGGGCAAACACUCUAAAGAUGAUGAUACAUUGGAUUUUAAUGAUGUAACUGAUGCCGUUAUAACAGUCAUUAAUCCAUAUAAUAAUCAAAGCAAUUUUGAAAAAUAUUCAUCAAUUCCUCCAGUACUUGUAGUUAAAAACAAUUUUUCAGCUCAAAAUAGUAUCAUUGAUGAAUU